GCUCCCCUGCCCGCAUCGCCCGGCCGGUGCCCGGUACCCCUGAGGUCCCGUCCCUGCGGAGGGGGGCCGGGGGCUUUAGGUCCCGCCCGGUGCGGCGGGCAGGAUGCACCAGAAGCUGCUGCGGAGUGCGCACUACAUCGAGCUGGGGAGCUACCAGUACUGGCCGGUGCUGGUGCCCCGUGGCAUACGCCUCUACACCUACGAGCAGAUCCCCGUCUUCCUGAAGGACAACCCCUACAUCACCGACGGCUACCGGGCCUACCUACCCUCCCGCCUCUGCCUAAAGAGUCUCUUCAUCCUCUCCAACGAGACCGUCAACAUCUGGAGCCACCUGAUCGGCUUUGUCCUUUUCUUCACACUGGGAAUCUACGACCUGACGGCUGUGCUGCCGGCCGCCGGAGCCUCCCGGGAGGACUUCGUCAUCUGCUCCGUCUGCCUCUUCUGCUUUCAGGUGUGCAUGCUCUGCUCAGUAGGAUACCAUCUUUUCUGUUGUCACCGCUCAGAGAAGACCAGCCGGCGAUGGAUGGCAUUAGAUUAUGCAGGAAUUUCCAUCGGGAUCCUGGGCUGCUAUGUAUCAGGCGUCUUUUAUGCAUUUUACUGUAAUAAUUACUGGCGUCAGGUAUAUUUAAUCACUGUGCUGGCAAUGAUCUUGGCAGUGUUUUUUGCUCAGAUUCAUCCCAGUUACCUCACACAACAGUGGCACAGACUUCGCUCCAUCAUCUUCUGCUCCGUGUCUGGAUAUGGAAUCAUUCCCACCAUCCACUGGGUUUGGCUCAACGGCGGUAUUGGUGCAUCUAUUGUACAGGAGUUUGCUCCACGUGUAGUUGUCAUGUACUUCAUCGCUGCUGUAGCUUUUCUCUUCUAUAUUUCCAAAGUUCCAGAAAGAUACUUCCCAGGCCAGCUGAACUACCUCGGCUCAAGUCACCAAGUGUGGCAUAUCCUUGCAGUGGUGAUGCUGUACUGGUGGCAUCAGUCCACAGUGUACAUCAUGCAAUACCGACACAGCCAGCCCUGUCCUGAUUAUAGCCCAGGCUUGUGAGUGAAGAUGAAAUUCCUGACUUUGAAGUCUGCACCUUACCUGCUGAGCUAUGAGGUGAAACACUGAGGCAGUUCCUUUUCUGACUUCUGGACUGUUACCUGGUUGCUGUUGUGUUAUGGUGAUGCUUGAAAAAAUGAACAGGAUGACCUGGGAUCUGAGCUGCAUUUCCUUCCUGUUCUGCAUUCCAGUAUAAAAUAGGUCUUCCUGGAGUGGGACAACAGAAAGAUGGGCUGUAAGACUCAGCAUUUGUUCUGCUUGGGAGACAAAAACGACAGAACUGUGUGAAAUCUGCUGAGCUCCCCAGCCCACAUACCCAGUAUUGAGAUUUGAUUCAAGUGCAUCAUUAAGACACAGCUCCUGGCUGUAUAUGUGUGUGUGCAAGCCCACAGUAACUGUGAGGCCUGGUGCUGGAUCUAAAUCACAGUAGUACAGUGUGUUGCAACUACAGCAUCUUUAUCUGAAUGACUUUCUUUAGCACUGGCACAGUAACAUAUUGAGUAUCUCUUUUACUUCUUUGGACAAGCUCUUCUUUUUCUGGAAGACAAGAUCAGGUGUCAUCCACCACAGCCACCCCUUCCUUUCAGAUGCUAAAACUUGCCAAUACAGAUAGUGCCAUUACUUCAAGAGAUAUCUCUAGAUCUCUCCAGCAAUUUGGAAUCAGUGUUCUACAGUACUUCAGCGGCAGUGCUGAGCCUAUGUGCUCACCCUUGUUACUAUCUUGCAGUCAGCAGAGUUACAUUUGUUUAACAGGCUGAAAUAACACAUCCCAAGUAGGGAACCUGAUGGGGAUUCAAAUCGCUGUCUGUUGGCCUUUACUGUGGGAUGUGCAGUACUGUACUUGCAGACUUUGUUAAUGAAAAUAACUUGAUUGCCAUAAGCCUGUCACAGUAAAAAGGUUGCCUUUGGCUUUAGAAUGUCAUGAAACCAGCUCUUAGAAACUUUAGGGAGUUUAUAACUUACAAACGUUAGAGAAACACAGAAUGCACAGGUUAUUAGGUAGCUGUAGUAUAAUUAACUUGAGGGGUGCCUUUUUUCCAACAGGAUUGGAAUUCUUUGGAUUUGGGGAUUAGAAUCAGUGCUUUUAAGUGACUUGAGUGUAGCAGUUGUGCUUGUGUUCAGAGCCCAGUUGAACAAUGGUAGCAAAUGGUGAUUCUUCACACAAUCCAGCCAUUAGUCAGCAUUAGCCCUGUGGAGAGUCCUUCUCUUGCCUCAACGUGCUGUUACCAUUUAAUCCCAUGUGGCUUGUUUGGGAGAAAAGCUGUUGAAGGAUGAGGUGGCACCAGCAUGGCUGGUGUUGGAAAGCAGGAGAUAACCUUGUCUCUGCUUUAAUGCGAGGCAAAAACCUUCUGGUCUGAGAUUAAGUGUCCCAGAUGCCCUUGUUACCUGCAGGGUGGCCUUCAAGAGCAUUCCAGCAAACUUCUCAUCUUUUGUGAUCCUCUGACACUAGCCAUCUUAAAACAUGCCAAUAUGGCCUGGUAGGAUUUCAAACAAGUUCUCUUACUCCUGAGGCCAAGGCACAGGGGAGUAAACCCUUAAGGCAACAUGCUAAAAGCUCUGUAACAUUCGAGAAGCCUUUAAUGCACUCUUGCUUUCAUCAUUGCUGUUCCCUUUCCUCUAGGGAGAGAUUUCCCCCAUAAUUUUUAGCUCACAAGGAGGGGAAGAGGGCUGCCUUGGUGUAGUGCCCUCCUCAGGGCAGACAGGCUGCUCUUGGGUCCCCCCAUGCUGCCUCCUCUUCAGCCUACACCAGCCCAGCUCCCCCAGCCUUCCCUGUCAGCGCUGUGCCAGUGACACACAGAAAACUGAUGAAAUCUUACUGUGGGGCACCUGAACUCUUGUUAGUGGUGGAGAAGGCAGACACCAACUUCUCUCCUGAUGUGUUGGAGAAUAAUGCCAGCCGUCUCUUAAGUUCAGUGGGUUAUUGUGGGAUUUUUCCAGCUCCAGGGACAAGUAGUGAGAACUGACUUUGCCUUUGAGAAUCAACUCCUUGACUUUGAGCCUUUCAGUGUAAACACUGAUUUAUUUAUUUAUUUAUUUUUGACAGCCAAGCCAGUUCCAAGUGCACUAAUUACUAGUGCUGAAGCCUGAGGAGGAACCGGCAAGUAGAAAAGCCCAUUUCCAGUGUUAUGUGAAAAACAAACAUUUGAGGAACACGUGUUUGUGUAUUGAGAACCUACUGACUUGAUAGUUCUCUAAGGUAUUUUUAUGACAACUCUUACCUACUGUAGCAGUUUUCACUGGAUCAGGAAACUGAUUGCCAAGAUGUACAUUUUUAUUACCCUGAACUUCAAGCUGCAUGAUGGUCUUUAUGUACAUACUGAACCUGUAAAUAAAUUCCACUUCAUUGACCAUU